AUAUAUAUGUGUGUACUUUAACUUAGAUGCUGCUUAUUACUAUUGGUGUAAGUUAGGUAUUAAAUUGUUCUUAAUUCCUUGCAGCUUCUUAUCAACGAGGUCCUAUUCAUCGUCGUCAUUGCUCGAGUAUAUCUUCUAUCAAUGAGGCACUAUUCAAAGUCGUCCUACCAUCUCUCAACCCUUUCGAUUCAUCUAUCCAAAAAGUUGCAAUGACAAACCCACCGUCAAGUCUCUCCAAGAACGAUGCCCGCGUCCUGAAUGCAUUGUUUGAUGCCGAGUCGUCACUAUCAUCCGGUGUAGCCAUCUCGAAUGAGUCCAUCCCAGCCUUUGCGACCGAUAUUGAGAUCAAGCAGCGCGAGUCUGCCGCCAUAAUACCUCUAAAUUCGCCGCAACCCUCCAGACCAAGUGUCGAGAAGGCUAUCGCAGAGUUAGACGGCAUCAUUAACGAGAGACCCCAAUAUGCAUCCGCUUACGCGAAUCGAGCGCAAGCGAAUCGACUACUCCUUUCUGCGAAAUCGGACGACCUCGCUGCCAUGGAUUUAUUCUCGGCCAAGGGUGUCCAACUGUCACAGUCCAUCCUCAAGGAUCUGACCAGUGCGAUCAACAUGGCGACGCCGUCUCCCUCCGCGGCAGUACCUACGACCGAUGCACGGUUGCUAUCCGCAGCUCAUACGCACCGGGGUUAUUUGCUGCUGCAAGCGGCGAAAUCAAUCUCCACAUCGUCUGCCGACAGCGCGUCGGUGAAGCUCCCGGAGUCGCUGAGGGGUCUGAGCUCGGAUACCUUGGAGGAAAUGGCCAGCAUGGAUUUCUUCUGGGGCGGACGAUAUGGAAACGAGGUUGCGAAGGUCUUGGCGGUGAAGACCAAUCCGUACGCGAAAAUGUGCGGGGCGAUUGUCAAGGAGGCUCUACAAGAAGAGAUGAAGCAAUACCAACCAACGCAAUGAUGUAUCGGACGGUGACAGACAUUGCCACCAAGUCUAUCGAAUCGCAUUCUACUCGUAGGGAGUUCGUUCGAUACCACUAGGGCCCUAUUUUACUCCGCGUUCUCCUCCAUAUCCUCAUCACUAUCCUUCCCAGAGUUGAAAUCUUCCUCAUCCUCCUCAUCCUCCUCAUCCUCAUCAUCCAAGUCGUCGCCUUUCAAGCCAUAGUCAUCUUCGAAGAAUUUGAGCGGUUGAACCUCCGGAGCGAACCCCUCGGCUUCGAAUCGGGUCUUGAGAGACUGCAAUCACGGUUAGC